UAUAUCAACUAAAAAAAUGAUAACAAACUAAACGUAUUUUGUCAGUAUGUGACAUUGAUUUGAUUCGAAUUUCGCAGAAUGAUUCUUAAUGUAAAUUGAUGAAAACAAGGAAAAUACUAUAUUUUUCAUAAAGAAUGUGCACGUUUAUCUAAUAUUUUUUUUUUAAUCUUGCGUCCCCACAUGCACGUGCAUAAAUUAGAGUAUUUCGAGUUUAGAAAAAGUUCCUAUUUUAAAAUUUUACUUUUUAAUAGACAUUUCUCUCUUCCUUCUUUCCAGUAUUGGGAAAAGGGUGAGAGCUGUCUACGUUAGAAGGAAAGCAGACGGCGUUUUGUGCCAAAAAAAGAAUCUGAAUAAUGGAGCGGUAGAAAUGUGAAAGUUAAGUAAAGUUUUUUCAUGGUGGAUUUUAUUAGAAAUUAGUGUAUAAUGUUUCAGGAAACCAAGUAACAGAAUAAUAAUAUUUGAUUAUGAAAAUAACAAUAUUUAAUUUAAUUUAAUUUAAAAUUUGUCAUUUUUACAACAUUUUCGUCAUGGUACAAGAAGGUAAAGGAAGAAUAAAAGAAUAAAAGAGACGUAAAGUUCCAUGUGACAAAAAGCGUGACAUAACCGGCUUAACUGGCGCAUAACAGUAAUCCCAAGAGAGGCUACUAAAACAUAGCGGAUUUGUAUCUUUUAAACGGUAGGAGUGAACAGUUGUAUUUGAUAAAAAGUAUACGGUGAACAUCGAUGAAUCGGUAGUCGCCACUGACCAAAGUGGGGGACACAGGGGCUGCAAAUGUCCUGUUCAUGAAUGUUCGAGGGGAAAACCGUGCCAUGAUUGGCCAAGCGAACUGGAGAGAGAGGGUAACUGCCCCUUCAAUGAUUAUGUAUGGGACCUAGAAUUCUUUCAGAGUCCUGAGCGCUCAGCUGAAGCUUAUUGCUCCGUUGCUCGUCAAACCCGUCGUUUUUGAUCAUUUGUAAGGUCGUAGUAUACGGUACUCUAAUAGAGAUACCUGUUAUAGAAAGACUUAGAUUUCGGUGCGGGUAUUCGAUUAUUAUUGCUAUAAGACUAAACUUAAAAAUAAAUAACAGUAUAAGUUACUCCGCAUCUGUGUUUCUCAAAUUUGUUUGUGAGAUAUAAGCAACUUUCUAGUCGCUUCUGUAUUCGCAAAACAAUAUAAAGAGAAACGAACUAUUUCAGUCAAGAAACUAUCCCGAGAUACAUGUUAUUACGGUUUUUUAACGAUAUUGAUCGAUAUUUUGUGGGUGUGAUCUGUGAAAUCUUCAUCUGGAAAGAAGAAACGGGAUGCUGCCGCGAAAAUAGGUGUCAGACAUCAACAAGAUUCAUUAUUGAUAAACGUGAUCUCGGCUGACAGUAAAACAAGAUAUUCAGAAGAUGUCGGAAAAGCAUGGGAAUGAUGGCAAUGAUUCCGGCAUUGGCUGUUCUCCUCCGAGCAUCAAAUUGGAAGGUGAACGGAAUGAAACGGUGUCCCUUCCAUGUUGCUUUCAACAAUCGCCUACGACUGAAUCAACAAAUCUGAACUACUCCGAAUUGAUCAGAACCGAAACAGAAGCGUUUCAGAAGCGCGGAGACGUUGAUCAUGUGUUUACGGGUUCCGUAAAAUGUGAAUUAUGUGACUUCAAACCUACGAGAUUAUUUCAGUAUUAUCAUCAUAUAAUCGUGCAUUGCAAAAGAACCAGCGAGUCAGAGUCCGAAAUUGAUCCAGCGCAGGCGCUAAAUAUCGAAUCUUUACACAAUGGAGAUUAUUCCCCCGAAGAAAUCCAAAGCAAAAAAAAGAAGCGACGUAAAAAUAUCAAGCCUAAAAAAUGCAAACAUCGUGACUGCGACUUCGUAACGACCGAGGGAUUGGAUGUGACAGAAGCGAAAAAGGAACUUUGGAUGCACAUGCGUAAAAAUCACAAGUACCCUCUCGUCUGCCGUCUUUGCCCAUUCGUUACCGAGCCCAAACAUCAUAUGGUUUACCACUGGCUUGGUGAUCACACUAAACUCAGGCCGUUCAAAUGCGAAGAACCUAACUGUACGUAUAGUUGCGUGGCCAAGUCAAUGUUAAACAGUCACUUAGUACGCCAUUGGAGCGUUCAUCAGUACAAUUGCAAGGAUUGUCAUUUUAAAGCCAGAUUACUUCACGCGAUGAAGAAGCAUAUGAAAGAGAAAAAUCAUACUCAAGUGCUGGUACUGAACGAGGACGGUACGCAGAAUCUGACGGCCGUUAUUGAUGUAUACAGUAAAAAACGUGGACCCAGACGGAGCACCCUUGCUAAAAAUCAGGACAAAUCGGAUCAUAGCGAUCUCAACCAGUCGAGCUCAUCAACUUCUCCAGAACCACCUCAAACUCCAAUCUCUCAUUCUGAAGAUCAACCACAACUACAAUCAGUUGAGUCAGAAAGUAACAUCAACAGCAAUAACAACCAGUCGAAUUUAUCAAUAAUGUAUUCAUCGUUGUUUCAAACGCUAUAUAAUCUGAGUACUCUUAUAACAGACAGUAUUCUCGAUUGGAAAAACGGCAGUCAAAAUCCGACUUCUUGGAAUUAUCUGAUUUACUUGUUUAACUGUUUGUUCGGCGAAAACGUGGCAUCUUACAUGAACAUAGAAAUGAUCGAUCCGCAGAAUCGUUUGAACUCUUUAUUUAUUAUGCAAAAGAUGGUAGAUUUGCACAUCGAACAUAUAAGUAAAAUUGACGGUAACAAUUUCGAAACAAUUAAUAAUACCGGAGCCGGUCCUAGCAACGAUAGGAACGAUACUAUUCAUACUGACAAACUCUCGACAUUCAACGGAUUGGAAUAUCGGCCAGAAACACAGAAUAUCCCUAUACUAGGCCGUGCUAAUUUCGAAACAACUGACAGCAAAGCUGGUCCUUUCGACUACAGAAAAUAUACUAAUCAAGCCUCGACAUCUAACAAACGGAAGGCUGAACCGGAAGAGCCAAAUGACACUGACAAUAAUUACUUCAACUCAACUAACAGCAAUGAAACUGGUUCUUCCAACAAAGUUUCUAACAAAAUCUCAACAUCCGAGGGAUUAGAAUCCGAGCCACAGAUACAGAGAGACAAGAUUCCAAAUAAACCAUUGAGUAUCAGUAAAUUCAAGAUGACCGGCGCUACUAAACGUAAAGGUAAAGUGCAGACACGUUUUGCAAUAGAAGAGAACCCAGGACAGAAUAAAAUCGAAUCUUUCGAGUCUCCGAUGGACAGUGAAUACGGUUUACAAAGGGAAAGCCAGAUUAAUGUCACAGUAAACAAAAUAAUAAAAGUAUUAGAGCAACCAGACGCAAAAUUACCAUACACGAUGCCGAUAUUGUCGAACGUUACCACUAUUUCGGAUGAAAUAUUCAAGGAAAGGAAAUUUGAAACAAAUUCCACCAGACCAUCGUCACCUUAUAAAGCACGUUUGUCUGUUGACGGGCAACUAUUUUCCAAGACAGUAAUUGCUGAUACGAAAGAGAAAACUUCUACAGGAAUGGCUUACUGCGGCGUGAUCGGACAUAUUGCUAGAAAAUAUUACGCGGUUAUCGGACCGCCUCUCGAUAAAGUUAUGAGAAUAAUGAAUAUUUCUUACAAUAAGGUUUCCUGUGAUUAUGACACUGUAAUGCACAGCCAUUUAAAAAAAUAUCAAUUUCGUUCUCGAGGCGUGAGAAUAUUUGGACGAUCGGAAAAAUUUCACGUCUACGAAUAUCUCGGCGAUGCGCCGACGAAAAAAGAUUUGAACACAACUGCGUCUCUGGACUAUUGCUAUCCUAUUUUGGAUAGAACGGAAGAAUUGGAGUGUUUUAACAAUAUUUUAGAUGAGAUUGGAGUAAAAAAUCGGAGUUAUUCGGGAUUGUUAAUUGAGUUAGGAAUUAAAAUCUGCAUUUUGCUCGACGACAUUCAGCACAUGGAUUACAUGUCUUGGCAAUUUCUGUCAUCGGCUCUUGAUAAUAAGGAUGUUGUCAUGGCGAUGACGAUGUUGAAGCCGAAUUCGUGGGAGGAUCUGUCCCACGUGGAAGUAGAAAUUUACAAAGACAAAAGGUUCACGAAGCGUGCGUUACUCGGUCUAGAUGUAAAUCUACUUCCGACAUUCGCGUGUCAAUUCUUGAAUGUCUUUGCGAUACCCAGAAAAUUAAAUAGGAUUUUACGGAGGCGCAAGGACGGCCAUAUCGGAUGGUGCGAGGCAUUGCUGACGUUGAUACUUCAGAGUAACGGUUUAGACUUCAUCACGAUAUCGCCUGAAGAAGCGGGACAACACGAUCUCAUUUUUACGGAUACCUCCCUGGUGACAAAAUUGCCGAUUGAUCUAACGCUCGAGGAAAUUGCGCCACCUUUGUCCUGGGUGCAGAUGAGCGAGUUGGAUGUUUGUGUCGCGAAUGAGAAUUAUUCCAAGAUUAAUGAUAUAGAUCAUGACAUGAGAGGUAAAUCUUAUGUUGUUUAUAUAGAAAUAAUGAGCAAGAUCUAUCACGGGAUGAACCCGUACGAGCAUAGUUUUAUUACGUGCGCUGCUACGUUGGGCAAAGUGUUUAAACAAAGCAUGCUACAAAACGUAAUGCCGAAUUCAAUUCCACCUCAUACUAUUAGCGAAGCUAUCGUUUUAUCCUCACCUCUUUACGCGCACUGCAAAAUGCUGGAGUUCAAAGUCGAUUUAUUUCGCAGCAUGAUGUACGAUAUGCAGUCGAAUGAAGAAAAGCAAGAUCAUCACGCGGUAGCGGCCAAGAUAUACGGUUUGGAUGCACGAAAGUGCAAUUCCUGUGGCAACGGGCAUUUUCUACGAGUUCCCAGCAAGGAUAAAUUCCCCGAGGAGGAAAGCCCAACAGAUUCGCCUAGAGUUUCGCUAAUUCGUCAUCGAACCUUGAUUGACGAUCAAAAUAACAGAUCCAUGAAAUUAAGUAUACUUCCUCCGAGUGCAAUUAGCCCGUCAAAAAAGGAUGAGUGCGUUGAUAUCCGCAGAGUGUCUAUUAUGCCAUCGUUUCUCGAUGACGAAGAGAAAGGAGAAAUCGAUAAAGUGCUCGAUUUCUUUAUGGAAUACAGUGCCGGACUCAUCCAAACUGCGCAACCACUUUAUGCCAUUAAAUUGCUUUCAAUUGCCACUGAAAAGAAUGAGGCUGCCGAGAUAGGCGAAUGGAUAGAUGACAACGUAGAAAAAAGUAUCACGAAUAAAGGAAUUAUCCUAGCUUUAAUGGGUCUGUAUACAGAUUAUUGUAUAGAAAAUAAAUUGAGGACGGCGCAAGCUUAUGCCUUGAGAAGUUUCAAGCUGGCUUUUUCAAGCCUUGGUAGUUUUCUGGAAAAAGGCGAAAUAUAUCUCGUGACAGUUCAAGUUUUGCAUCGCAUAAAAAAUACCGAGUUAAUACGACAUAUUGAGAGACCGAUGCUUGCCGAAAUAAAAGCAAAGAUUAGCUGGCACAAUGUCGAAGAAGUAGCGAUGGUGGGAAAGAUCUAUCUAAUGAUGUAUCAAGUUAGAGCGCUAAGAGGUGAAUUGGAAGAAGCUAUAAAUAUUGGUAUGAAGGUUCUAAAAAUCUCUGGAGCAUUGCAUCUUAAUAAAUUGAUGCUUGUUAUUGUGCCAUCGUUAACUCAAAUAAUGCUAUGGACUAAACGUAUUAACGAAGCUGUCGAUUUGAUACAAGAGCUAUACUUUUUAGCAGAGGAGGACGUAGACUUGUCAGACAAGACGUGGUAUUAUGCUCUUUCUUUGCAGUUUAUAUUGGACGCAGGUGUAGUACUAGAUUCGUACGAAACGUUCUAUAAGUAUUAUGAAAAAUGUGUAGCUCGAAAAGACUCGAAAUUUUGUGUAUGGCGCGAUCCGCAAAGCUUGUGCCGCUUAUUGACAUGCCUGUGGUUAUACCAGCUUAGAAUGGGACACACGAUUACUGACGCGUUUACGACCAGGGCGGAAGAAUUUAUAAAGAAUGUCAGUUGCGACGAUUUUUCCCGAAUUUUUACUUGCAUCAAGGGACUUGAAUGUUAUCUAUUGAUGCUGCUCAGUUGCAUCAAUAUGAAACAAUCUGACAACCUAUCGAAUCUAAUUCAAGAUAUUUCCAAAAUUAUCAAAUGCUUCGAGAACAUUUCCAAGUAUGCGAUGGUCGUAAAACCGCGUUUGUAUUUGCUGAUGGCGUACCUAAAUGUUCUUCGAGGUCGCAAAUCGACCACGCGAUUUUAUCUGCACAAAGCACAAAAAUUUUCGAUUUCGCAGGGAAACAAACUGAUAGAAGCAUGGAUCAUGCAAAAUAAAAGGACGUGGAAAGAGAAGAUUUAUAAUAAUAUGGCGCGAUACUGGGUGGAGUACAUUGAAUCGCCAGAUUUCGUGGCUUGGCAGUAUAUUCAGCACUUUAACAUGACCACUUGGUCCACUAUUCUCUAUCCUUUACCGACACCUGAUUCACAUUUAUAACAAAAAAAUGUAAUACUGUUCGACACAUUAUUUUUUAUAGCGUUACAUUACUCAAUCGCAGUCUAUGAUUAUCUUUAUAGACGCUGGUUGAAAGGACAUAAUAGAUGUUGUAGCGAAAUAUUUAUUUAUUAAAGGCAUAUUACAUUUUUAUGUUCUAAAAGAUAAACACGACGAUCCCUUCGUGCGCACGAUACUUCGUCAAGGCGAAAUUUCCUCGAUUCUUUUCCUUUUUUCCACAAGUGACCUCCGCGCAUGAUAAAUCUUAAUCGCGACAGCAAUGUCACGAAUUUGCUUAAAUACGGAUAUCUUCGGUGACCGAUGUUUACGCUUACAUGUCGAUGAUUAAUUAUUACGUACUGCGAUUUAAUUAAUUGCUCUAUUUGGCCGAAUUUGGCCGAGUACGUCAAGGAUGUUUGCGAAUUCGAGAAAGAGAGAAAGAGAAAGAUGGAAAAAGAAAAGAAAAGUUACAAAAGAGAAAAGUUGAGGGGAGAACACGAGAAAAGUGAAAAGAAAGGUGCGCUCGAUCGAUCCUUUGACGCGACUUUACACGCACGAUAUCGUCGCAAUUUUGAUUUUAAUUAAUUUAAUUUAAUUUAUCCCAUAUAUAUAUAUACGCGCGUCUCGCCGAUUCAACUACGUCGUUUUAUACAUUCAUUUAUAGCACCGGCCAAAAUUCGCCGUUACUUAGAGGAAAUUAAUAGAAUUUUACAAAGAAAAGUUUAUAUAAAUUAUUUCUUCGCACACCAAGCGCCAAAAAUAUUUUUUUCCCUUUCCAAAAAAAAAAAAAAAUAUUUUAAG